GGUAUUAGCGAGACAGUCAUUUAAAUUAUUGUUUUACUAGUUUUAACUAUAUUGUACUGUUAAUUUACGAGUGUCAAGCAAAAUAUUUUAGGUGAAGCUUCUAUGUAAUCAUGGAGGUAUUGAAGAUAAAGGUUGAACCCUUUUCUGAUGAGAAGCAGGAUGCUUUAAUCAAUAUCAAGUUGAUGGAAAAUGAAACCUUUAGGAUAACCAAUACUCCAGGAAAAGUUGAUUCCUUGGAAGAAAGUUCUCUACAUACAGUUUUGAAGUUUGAUGUAACAAAAGAGGAGCAAGAAGAAAAGUGUGAUGGAACAUCAGAGAAAAAUGAGAACAUAUCUGUUCAAGUGAAAAUGGAGCAGCCUAGUGGUCUGCUACAAGAUGAUGUUAUUUCAACGUUCAGUUACAGUGAUGAUGAAGAUCAAGAUAGUUCACAAUAUAAUGUUAUGAAUGUGAAAACAGAAACUGAAUUUCAAAGAGAUACUGAAUCUGAUUUAGAAAGAACAUCUGAUACAAAGACCAGUGUGAACAUCUGUUGUGGAAGUCAGGUUCUUGGUUAUCAUGUUGUAAAACAGGAAGAUCACUUUACAGAAGAUGUAAAAUCUCCAAACAACAAUAUUAGUGGAGAAACAAAAUUAAGUGGAAGUAACCUAAAAACAUCUGAUAACCUAAAACAACAAAAGAGGAUACAUUCUGCAGAGAAACCAUAUCAUUGUACAGUUUGUGGAAAACAGUUUGGAACAAACAGUACCUUAAAAACACAUCAAAGAAUACAUACUGGAGAGAAACCAUACAGUUGUACAGUGUGUGAAAAACAGUUUGGAACAAAUGGUGAUUUAACAAAACAUCACAGAAUACACACUGGGGAGAAACCUUACAGUUGUACAUUGUGUGGAAAACAGUUUGGAACAAAGGGUAAAUUAAAAAUACAUGAAAGAAUACACACUGGGGAAAAACCAUACCAUUGUGCAGAUUGUGAGAAACAGUUUGGAACAAAGGGUAAUUUAAAAACACAUCAAAGAAUACACACUGGAGAGAAACCUUACAGUUGUGCAGUUUGUGAAAAACAGUUUGUAACAAACAGUGAAUUAAAAAUACAUGAAAGAAUACACACUGGGGAAAAACCUUACAGUUGUGUAGUGUGUGGAAAACUGUUUGGAACAAACAGUAAGUUAAAAACACAUCAAAGAAUACACACUGGGGAGAAACCUUACAGUUGUACAGUGUGUGGAAAACAGUUUCGUACAAAUUUUGCCUUAAAAACACAUCAAAGAAUACACACUGGUGAGAAAUCUUAUAGUUGUGGAGUUUGUGGAAAACCAUUUAGAACAAAUGGUGAAUUUAAAACGCAUCAAAGAAUACAUACUGGUGAGAAACCUUACAGUUGUACUGUGUGUGGAAAAUACUUUCGUACAAGUAUAAAUUAAAAAGACAUCAAAGGAUACACACUGGGGAGAAACCUAACAGGUGUGC